AUGUCCGCUUUGUAUACCGCACCUGAUUCCUGCAAAGGGCGAUGUAAUGAAAAAUACAACCGUGAAGACGUCUGUCAUUGUAAUACUAAAUGUGAAAAGUAUCAGAACUGCUGUGACGACUUCCAUGUGCAUUGUGGACAGGAUAGCAAAGAAAAGGAACCAGCGUCUGAGGGCUCAUGCAGACUCAGCAAAGAAUAUGUCCUGCUUGCUAAUUCUCCCGGCGAGAGUGUCUCUGGAUUUGCUUCCUUCUACAGACUCUUCUCGUCCGUCAACGAGGAGAAACUCUUUUCCAAGCCGACUUAUGCCAGUUUCAUUAAGCUGCUGGAUAACUACCAGAAGAAGGUUGGAAAGGAGGAAGACUUCACUGCUGAGCAACUGAAGGAACAGGAUCAUUUCCUGGAGGAGACCAUGAAGACAAAGGUCAUGAAAGAGCUUUACAGGUUCCUUCACGACAAGAAUCGUUACAGUACGGAGGAGGCGUUUGUUGCUGACUUAAAGGAGAUGUGGUUCGGCCUUUACUCCAGGAAGAGGGAGGAUGACUCUAGUGGCUUCGAGCAUGUCUUUCUAGGAGAAAUCAAGAAUGGCAAAGUGUCUGGAUUCCACAACUGGAUUAGUUUCUAUCUACAGGAGAAACAAGGCCACCUCAACUAUUUCAGCCACAACUAUGAUGGUCCGUGGACCUCAUAUCCAGACGUGCUGGGGUUGCAGUUCAGCUGGGAUGGCUCUUACAAGGAAGUUGGAUCAGCCUUCAUUGGAAGCAGCCCCGAAUUUGAAUUUGGCCUCUACUCACUGUGCUUCAUCACUAGGCCCGGAAAAGUGUGCCAUCUGAAACUUGGGAGUCACGAUCUGGAUAUCCAAACAUACACCUGGGAUAAAUCCACCUACGGCAAUGGGAAAAAGUACAUUGCCACAGCUUAUGUGAAGACGUCCUGAGAAGGCAAGAUGCAGAAUGAGAAGGAACAUCGCGAAU